GCAGUAACUCAACCUCAUUUUUUUUUCUUCUCCUGAAUGACCACUUUAUUCACCACAGGUGCAGAUAGUUCACAUUCAUGUGAAAGGCUCAGUCAUGUGAACUGGCCUUCAUAUAAAAAUCUGUGUCAGGAACCUAUUUUUCUCUAUAGGUAGCUUAUGUUUUAUUUAAAGAGCUGAAAAAAGGGUACCUUGUAGGUGUUGCAAGCUGUUUCCUCUAUAGGAUUCAUGUGUAAGGGUCUAGUAACAAGCAGAUAAGUAAGCAGCUGGUUAAUUUUUACUUCAUAACUUGGCUAAAGACUUCUUUAAAGAUUUGUAGCUGGUUAUGCAAACUUGCUUCACCCAGAAAAAUGGUCCCUUAAGAAAACAACUGCAAGACACAAAGAAAGAGGAAGAUCUUGGUGAAGCACCAGCUUGGGAGGAUAAAGCUUUGGCAUUGUGGGAUGAAGGUGGUAAAAAGAGAGUUGUGCAGGCAAAGACAUCAAGAGAUGGUCCAGGAGCAGGCUCAGGUGUGUGACAGUCCAGAUGGAUCUCAGCAAGUGUGCUUACCUGUACAGCUUGGCCAAGGAGAAGGUCAUUUCGCAGCAGCACAUCUACAGAGGUUGGUCCAUGGCCAGCAACCCCGGGGGCUGGACCCUGUGUGUGUCCAGCCACAGAGGCAGACAGCCCAAGGAAGUAUAGUCCCAAACAUGGAACCACGGCAAAUAGAUGAGAGGUGGGAUGCCCCAGGGGUGACAGUACAGGUGCGGCCUCAGAAGCUGAGCCAGGGGUGGGAGGCCCCAGAGGUGACAGUGCAGGUGUGGCCUCAGAAGCUGAGCCCAAGGUGGGAGAUGCCAGAGGUGACUGUGCAAAUGCAGUUACAGCAGAGGGGCCAAGGACCAGCUCUCCCACACAUAACUGUGCAGGUACAGCCACAGGUCCGGGGACAACAAAUGGCUGGUGUCAAGGUCACUGUGCAGAUGCACUCGGGCUGUGAGCCAGAAGAAGUGACCCAUGUCCAGGACCAAGGUGAUGAAGUGUUAGGGAAUGGAGAACAGCUGACACGAAAACAAAACCAGGGAGAUCUGAUAGCAAGAUAUGAAAGCGAGAGAGAAGUGAAUGAAGUGGAGCUGGUACCACAGGGGGCUUGGAAUCAAAAGCAGGAUCAAGAAGGAGAUGUGAUAAAAUUCCAGCAGGAACAGAACCAGAAAGGGGAAAGAGUAGAAGUGACAGAACUGCAGGUUGAAGACCAAGCAGGCCUGGAUAGGAUGGUGACAGAAGAGCAGCUGCAGAACCAGAGCCAAGAGCGGGAAAACUUAAAAGCAGACCUGUCACCACAACAGGAGGGUCAAAGAGUUGCAGAGAUGAGUCAGGACCAAAGUGAUGUCCACAUCCAAGAAGAACCCAAGGGACUGGUUGAAGAGCAGCAGGAAGAUCUGGAGCAAGAAGUGCCUAAGAAACGCCCCCGAGAAAUUCCAAAUUACUUUGUCUCUAUACCAAUCACGGAUGAUCAGAUUUUGGACAGAAUUGAAGAUGUCCAAGAGCUUAUAUUCACAAAAGAGCCUGACCUACUGAGAGCUUUUCUUCCUGUUCAAACUAUGCAUCUUACUAUAAUAGUGGCUCACCUGGCAACAGAAGAAGAAGUAAAAAAGGCUGUUCUGGCACUGAAGCAAAGCAAGGCUAAAGUUGAAGCCAUUUUGCAAGGUAAAGACCUUAUUAUGACAUUUCAUGGGAUUGGACAGUUUAACAAUCAAGUGAUAUAUGUGAAAAUGUCAGAGGAAAACCAGAAGAUGCUUAGCAGAAUUGCAAAAGCUGUGGAAGAAUGCUUUAAUGAAAUGAAUCUCGACAUUUCAGGGAGCAAGGAUUUCAAACCCCAUCUUACUUUUCUAAAGCUCUCCAAAGCACCGAGAUUAAAAAGAAGGGGUUUCAGGAAAAUUUGUUCGGAUCUGUAUAAAGAAUAUGAAGACAGUUUUUUUGGCACAGAGGUUUUCAAUCAAAUUGAUCUCUGUGCCAUGCGUAAGAAGAAACAGGAAUCUGGUUACUACUAUUGUGAGUGUUCUAUUAAUGUGGGCUCCAGAGGUACAGAAAAGAGCAAAGAGCAAGAAAUGCAGACAGAAGAUAAGGGAGAAACAAGCAAUGAAGACCCUCCAAGUAGUGCUGCAGGGACUGAAACAGAGGGAACUGCUGCAAACUGUUACCUUGCCUCACAUCCAGUAGCAGCUGAUGACAAACCAUCUGAAAAUAUUGCUGAGGUUUUAAUUGCAAGUAAAGAGAAAGAAAUCAAUGAGGUGAAUGGACAGCCUGAAGCUACAGAUGAGACUUUUCUUGCUGCUGGAGAGAUCCGCUCAGAGUCAGCGCCUGCUCUGCUGCCAGUAAGAUUAGACGCAUUGCUGAGUGUGGAAGAGAAUCAAGAAAAAGCAAAGAUAACAGACAAUAGACUGCAGAAAACUGAAGCAACAGUGUGUGCACCUGAUCUGCCAACAAGUUCAGAGUAAAGCUGUUGUAGUCCUUGGUGAACAGAUCCCACCCUUGGUGAUGGAAGGAAGGCAGCCACUGCAGUGCUUAGCUGCAUUGGCCUUGGAUGGGGGUAUGGAUGGUGGAUUAAUCUUUGGCAGAAAAUGGUCUUUCUAAGAGACUAAUAAAACUGAAUGUAGAACAAACUCUGAGGGGAAAUGUUUGGAUGCAGCAUUCAGUAACAAGAACCUAAACCGCAGGUGUGUGAGAGCCAGUGUACUAGAAAGGUAAAUGUUUGGGCUUACAGGAUCAGGCAGAAGCUCUGCUCUGGCACCAAAGUUGUUGUCAGACACUUCUGUUGCCCAGAUACACACUUCUACCAUAGUCCCUUCUCUUUUUCCUACUCUACCUUGCCUCUUCCCCUAAUUCUGCUCCUUCCUAUGCCUGCCUGCCUGCCUUCUCUCUCCCAGGACUGCCUACAGACCGCUGCUCUCCUGAUCCCCACAGUUGCUCUGACCUUAAGCCUCCAAGCCAUUUCUGUGACAAAGACACAAGGAAUCAAUCAUUUUGUGUUGUAAGUGGUAUGACUUUUGUUGUUAACAUGUGUCUGUGAAAUAUGCGCUUCAGUUCAAAUAGUAGCUACUUAAUUAUUUUGUCUGACUUAUGGAAAUAGCUCGAUUUAUCCCUCCAGAAAUAUUGUAAUACAAAGUAUUUUUCUUUAGCUAAACCGCUAAGUUAUGGCAGCAGAGGAAGAGGAAUCCAUAAUGAACUGUUUUUGUAAAAUGCCUUAGAGGAAAUGAGGCACAGCAGCUUUUUUUCUAAAUUGAAGUAAUGUUGUAAUCUUUAAUAUAUACAUGAGCUAUCUCUGUUUUGUCCUGUCCUUCACUGUAUUCACUUCUGUCAAGAAGAAAUGAAGGGCUUUGUACCACUGCUGGUGCUGAAACCUCCUUGCUAUGCGUAUUGUUCACUGAAGCCAUGCAGAUGGCUUGUGGCUAACAAGCAGAGCCUGCCCUACCUGCUGCACGGGAAAUAAUCUCUCUGCAGAGCCUCAUGGCAGAGCGAAGCCAGUAGAUGGCACUACUGGAAAAACAGCUGCAGCUGGGACGAGAGGGAAUGAGCCGCUUCGAGGCCCCUGCGGCUCACUCUAGGUUUGGGAGGCUGCAAAGGGGCAGUGAGCAUGGGUAAAGGCAGUAGGAUGCCUAGAAAAUCCUGCACAUCCCUGAUUUGCUUUAGCCGAUCACUGAAAAGAGGUGUAUUUGACCUUUUCUGAGGAAAGAUGAAGCUUUUAAAAAUGCACGCCUAUAUGGGGAGAGAAGUGUCCUCAAGUAGUUUUUCCCAAAAGAAGCAUUAAGCGUGUGGUGUUUGGCUUCCAUACGUGAUGUGUGGGAAUACGGCUUUGGGCAGAGUGUUUAGGAUGCACUCUAUUAAAUUAACACCAGGUUGUUGCAAAGCUGUCCAGCUUGUUACUGGCCUUAUAAACCUGGAUUUGUGCCCCUUCAGUGGGGAGUGGAGGGAGAGACAAACCUACCAGGCUGCCACUGAGCAGGAGGAAAGGGAAGGCUCUGCAUUUAAUGAACCCGCUUUGUGCUCUGUGCUGAGGUUUGGGUCAGGCGCCUUGUGUUGCAGCACUUGGCAGAGCAUUUAUUUUUUUGUCAGUCCACGGAAGGUUGUGGACUUUCAAAAGCCUGUCCCCAAAUGGUCUUCUAAAUGCAAAUUUGAGAGCAGUCAUUCACAGCUGCUCUGGGGUCUUAAAAUGCAGCUAAAUUGCUCAAUGCUAGAGGAAGGCUUCAAGGUUAAUUUUGAAGAGUAGUUAGAGUGAGGCUUCAGUACUGCAUCUCUAUAUCAGCACAUUUUGGAUGAAUCAGUUUUCCAGAAAACUUUGCCUUAAAUACACCAAGGAAACAGUGUUUCUUAAUGAUUUCCUAAUUCAGAAGAGGAUCAGUAGAGUCAUUCAUCUUAUGAAUUUAAGUGGAUUCAAUGGCCUAGGACCAAGUACACUUUACAAUAAACUGCAUUUGUUCUUAUUGAAAAUGUUAAUUAUCUUUUUAUAGACAGAUGGCACUGGAGUGUAGCAAAUGUGUGGUGAACCUGUGCUCAAAAACGUUUGGGUGUUUAAUGCCUACAGGUUCCAAUUUAAGUUUAUUUCUGUUUUAGGAUUAUUGUGAUGAUUGCAGGGUAAUUAAUUUCACUUAUCUUAAGAGUAUAGUAGUCUUGUUUUGGUACAUUAAAUUAAAAUAAAUACUUAAGCUAUGCCACUACAAUUUAUCUUGAUAAUUUAAAAUAACACUUAAACCAGAAAGUCUACCAAAUAUUCAGUUCUUUAGUCCUUAAUGACAGCCAAUUCAAAAUGAGUUCCUAUAAUGCUGUUCAAGUCAUAACAUAUUUUCAGCCUUGUGAUGAAGAACAAGUCCUAAAUUUCAUUAGUACUCUGCUUAGGACGUGGGGAUCCAUGUGUUUGUAACUUAAUGUUGUUUUUUUUUUUUUUAUUGAAAGUAAUUGAAAUAUGGUUGAUUAUUAGGUAUUUUGUGAGGGUAGGGCAGGUGGGAAAAAGCUUCUAAAUUGAAAUAACUGCACUGAGGAAAGAUUAAUUGCCCUUUGACUUCUGUGGGGAAACAACACUAAAAUCUAGGUUCAGAAGUGAAUUCGAGUCAUUCUUUAUGAUUCCUGCAUUUACUGUUCUUUUCAUGACAUUUUUUUCCUUUAUAGCUGCUAACUUGCUUAUUUUUUUCACUUUAAGUAAUUUGUUUUACAGGCACCAGUAGUUUAUGUAGAAGAUAAAUGCAAUCUGCUAAUUUGUUCUAAUUGAGUUUAGCUUAAUGUAACUUUUUUUGAAACAAUGGUACAACUUCAGAGUGAGAGAGAACUUGUAUUAAAUAUUACCCACUGGUUGUGUGAUUUUUUUUUUUUUUGAAAGAACUGUUUUAAUGUUUUCCAAGUAAGUUGAAAGGAGGCCUUAACAGUAGCUUCUCCCCAUUUCUUGGCUGAUUUUUUUUUUUAAUUGGAUAUGUAUUAAACUAGCAGUUCUAAUAAACAGGAUGUAAAAACUGAAAGUGUCCUGUAAAUACCUUAUUCUGGUAUUUAUUCUAUUUUUUUCUGCUGUGCUACUGGGUGCUGUUAGACAAUCAGAUGGGCGUUUACAGUCUGAACAGCUAGGGUAGUUUGGUUCUGGAUGUUGCAUUUUUGGGGGCUAAAUGCAACUAAGCAAGAGUCCUGUAUAUGUUCUAAAUUAAAAUAAAUAAAGAUUGUAGCUGU